AUGGCUCAGAAGCAGGAAGCUAAAGGCGGCACUGGAGGCACUGAAUGGGAUGAUGGCCACCAUGAAGGUAUAUCACAGAUCUAUAUAAGAGAGGGUCGUGAAGGCAUAGAGUCCAUCAAGUUUGAUUAUGUCAAGAAGGAAAAACUUAAAGCUGGAGCAAUCCAUGGUGGCUCGAGUCAACGUUUAACCGAGUGGUUUGAUCUAAACCACACCAUUGAUGAACAUAUCGUAUCUAUCACGUGUUACUACGACGAGGGUGCCAUACAAGGCCUGGUGAUCAAAACCAAUAUCAGGGCUUCUGCACUCAUGGGAUAUAACCUUGGUACUAAGUUUAAACUUGAAGUCAAAGGCAAGAAGAUCAUUGGGUUUCAUGGAUCUUCUGACAAAAACCUUCGCUCUCUAGGAGCUUAUUUCGCACCGCUUACUCCUGCUGGAGGCAGCACUGGAGGCAGAGAAUGGGAUGAUGGAGCUGAUCAUGAAGGCGUAUCACAGAUCUUUAUACGUGGGGGUCGUGAAGGCAUAGAGUCCAUCAAGUUCGAUUAUAUCAAGAACGGAGAACCUAAAGCUGGACAAAUCCAUGGUGAUUCGGGUCAAGGUUUCACUGAGUGGUUUGAUCUUGACCCCAUCACUGAUGAACAUAUCCUAUCUAUAAAGUGUUACUACGACGAGGGUGCGAUACAUGGCCUUGUGAUCAAAACCAACAUGAGGAAUUGUGGACUUAUGGGAUACAACGUGGGUACUAAGUUUAAACUCGAAGCUAAAGGAAAGAAGAUAAUUGGGUUUCAUGGAUCUUCUGACAAAUACCUCCGCUUUCUAGGAGCUUAUUUCGCUCCGCUUUCUCCUGAUAAUUUGGAAGACUAAUAUUUCCUGGGAGAACAACAGCUCCAACAGUUUGGUUUAUGUUGCUUUGAUUCUAUACAAUUUUAAUGUGUUAUGAUCUUCCAUCUUGUUUGGUGUGCCUUUCACUUGAAGCAUGCUAAUUGUCUUUCCAUGAAAACCAACAAUCCUGUGACCUUGCUUGUGGAAUAUGAAGCUUGCGAUUGUAUCAAGUUCAAAGGUUGUUUUUUUUAUAAAGGGUUUUCAUCAAAGGUUGGAGUUUCGCUUCUCGGUUUUGAACUUGACCAUCACUAAACUUUGAAGAAAACAAUUUAUCAAAAAAAAAACCUUUACAAUCUCAAGCUUCAUAUUCCUAGCCAAUAAACUAAUUUGGCUGGCUCGCUCCGUGCAAAAGAUAAGAAGAUGGAAGGAUGACCUGAAAUUGCUAGCCUGUCUUUAGGUUAGUUUAGAUAUUUGAUUAAGUCCUCUGAUGUAGCUCCAAAAAUUACAUUCUUCUGAUGAAUGCUAGGCAUGUUUUUCAAAGC